AUGCCAUUCAUCCCACCUGUGUCGAUUGGUCGCUCCGUGUCAGGACUGACUGGGAAGGAGAAACAUAUCAACAACUCUUCAGCUACGUCUACUUUGGGAAAGUCGAAAAUCCAAAGAGAAGACAAAGGCAGCUCAGUGAAGGAGAGACUGACUUCGAACUUAAAGCAGCUAGGGAAGAAGAGUCCACCCAGGAAUAAUUUGCAAACAUCCAAAGGAGUAUCAGGAGCAGAGCUGCAUGCAAAGAGAAGGGACCGACUGAUGCCUUCAUCACAGACAGACAGUGUCCCUGCCUCCAGCUCGGGGGAAUCCCUCUCUAAACCACAGCAGCACAGACAUAUGAGCCAGGGCUCUCUAAAGAGUGAACCAGAGGUGAAGACGAGGGUCAGGCACCAGGAGGAGGCCCGUUUCACACUGACUCUCACACCUGAGGCUGUUCUGCUGCUACAGAGGAGGAACAGCGAGAGACGUCAACAUUUAGCUUCUAGGAAUGCUGGGAGCGUUUCUGGAAGCGCCUCAGAAUCCAGACGCAGGAGGGAAAACGUCUCUAAAAGGCAUCAGCAGGCCACGCAGAGACACAGCACCCUAAACAACAGAGUCGUAACUAAAAACAACAGUGAUACAGAGCUGGCAGACAUCAGCUCGUUUGUGAAAAUCUCACUGCUGAAUGAGAAACACAAGUACGAUGAUGUGGAGUAUGAGGAGGAAGAGGACUACGGUGUUGAUGAGCGUGUGGUGCUGAAGUGCACAGAGUGGCUCCGCGGGCUGGAGAAUUCACCGGUGACUGUUGGAAACAGUCAGAGUAAGAGUGCAAGCGGGGUGAAAACAUUUUGA